AUGUCAAGGCCAAUUGACUUCGUGAUUGCAGGUCUUGGCAAUUCAGGACAAGAAUAUGCCACCACACGUCAUAAUGCUGGAUAUAUAUUCAUAGAUUACUUAGCAAAUGCAAUGGCGCUUACACAGGGAGAAGGUGCACAAAUGCCACCUGUUUUCCAUAGACGGUAUGAUUUAUCAGCUGAUGUACGAGAUACAAUAUUUACUUUUACAUAUGCAAAUGGGUCAUCUACUGUGACUAAUUCUUUGAGGAUCAUUUUAAUGAAACCGUUGACUGCUAUGAACGAAUCAGGAUCGUCAGUACAAAAAGUGAUGCAAUAUUAUGCAGUUAAGGAUUCUAAAAAGUUGAUAGUAGUAGCCGAUGACUUGAAUACACAGCCAGGUAUAUUGAUGGUUCAAGGUGGAGGGGAAUUAGCCGCAAUGAGAGGCCAUAAAGGAUUAGAAAAUAUUGUAUCAGUGAUUGGUACAGAUUUCGUAAGGUUCAGAUUGGGUAUUGGACGGCCUGCAGCGAAUUCUACGCCAAUUUCUCAAUGGGUUUUAAGCCCAUUUACCAAAGAAAAUCGGGAAAUGGAUCUUUUUGGUUACCUUCUACAAUUGACAACACAGGCAUUAAAGGAUUAUAGUAUGAAUCAAGAUUUGAAGCUUAUAAAGAAGAAAUUUGCACGACCUAGAAAGAUACCUAAUAAAUUAACGGAAAUGAAUAGUUUGAUUUUUCCUGUUGAUGUCCAUGAAGCAUAA